GCUAGGUAGAGGCUAUCCUCGGCGUGCGAGACUUGAAACUCGGGCACACCCCCACAUUUUUUGUAAAGUGGAAAGGCUAUCCUGACUCAAGCAACACCUGGGAGCCGCUCGAGAACCUGACAAACUGCAUUGAACUAGUGCGCGAAUGUGUAAAGAUAAUUUUGCAAGAGAAAAAGUCGACCCUGGCCCUAACUCCUUUGCAAGAGUUCGAAAAGAUCUUCGAGGCGUCGCCCGGACCCAAAAUCGUCGUCGAGAACGAAGUUGACAGCGAGGCAUGUCCGCCAGGAUUCAAGUACAUUUCGGAGUCAAUUUACGGCGAGGGAGUCAGAGAACCAGACUUGGAUUUCGCCAGCUUUUGCGUUUGCGGACCAGGGGGGUGCAGCGUCGAGAAUGGCUGCGAUUGUAUGAUCGAAGCAGCCCAGGUGAAUGACGAGUACGAACGGGUUCCGUUCGAGGAGGAUGGACGGGUGUCGAUGCACACAAGUAAGCUCCUCUGGGAGUGCAAUGCGAGGUGUGGGUGUGGGGUGGAUUGCAUCUCAAAGGCGUCCCAAAGAGGGCGCAAGUUCGGUCUGAAGAUCAAACGGUUUCCAGGAAAGGGCUGGGGUGUGGUAUUAAAUCAGACGGAGCCGAUUCCGCCAAGGGCAUUUGUGGCCCGGUACGUUGGCGAGAUCAUUACCAACAAGGAAGCCCUGCGUCGCGGACAGGAGUACGACAAAAAGGGGGCCACCUGGCUUUUUGACCUGGACUACAACACCGAGAACACCGCUGAGUACUCAAUCGAUGCCUAUCAUAUGGGCAACGAGAGUCAUUUCUUCAACCACUCAUGCGACCCCAACCUAUCGGUCUAUAUGCUAGCGGGUAACACUGGAGGAGAUAGCAGCAUCACCACCCACAGUUUCUGGAGUAACCGCUGGAUUUACGAAGGAGAUGAGCUGACCUUUGACUACAAUGGAGCUGCAAACAAUGAAGGGCUACAGCAGCGACAACAGAAUCAGCAACAGCAGAAAAAGAAGAAGAAGCGUCAAAAGGGUCAGACAAGGUGCUUGUGUGGGUCUGCCAAUUGCCGCGAGUGGGUUCAUCUGUUCCGUGGAAAGUAGACAUACUCUCUUUUUUUUUUCGCUCUCUGUGUACAAUAGUCGACAUUUACAAUAUAAAUCUGUACAGUAGUUUGUAUGUUCUACGAUUC